CAACCAGCAAGUUGUUUCAUUCACUCGCGUCCUCAUAUCUAACAGUGGCGACGAUUACCCACAUGUAAUAAAAAAAAUGGCUACAUCGACUUUCGGUAUCCUGUCGGCUUUUGACCACAAUAUCCAAACUUGGGAAACGUACAAGUGUCGGUUAUCCCAGUGGUUCAUCGCUAACGACAUCGACAAGAGGACAGAUCCCACAGGAAUUAAGAGGCGAGCAAUUCUGCUUAGCGCACUCAGUGACAGCACGCACAAGCUGGCGGCGGACCUCGCGCUGCCUAAGCUCCUGCAGGACGUGCCUUACGACGACAUCCUCACGCUUCUGGACGGUCAUUUUACUCCGAAGCGCUGCGGAUUCGGCGAGCGUUACAAGUUUUACGCCGCCACACAGCAACCGGCGGAGACGUACGCCCAGUGGGCUGCGAGACUCCGCGGUUCGUCGGCGCAUUGUGGUUUUCUCAACGUGGAGGAAGCACUCCGGGACCGGUUCGUCAUGGGAAUGAUCGCGGGGCCGGAGAAAGACAAGCUGUUCGCACAGGACCUCAAGGACCUGACUCUGGCCAAGGCGGUCGAGUUGGCGGACAGCGUGAGCAGCGCGCGCGCCGGCGCCGCCGCCGCCGCCCCGCGGCCGGCCCACGAGCUGUUCAAGAUUGAGCCGGCGGCGCCGGCGGCGCGGCGGCGCGCGAACGCGCCCACGGCUAGCGUCCAGGUGCAAAAAGUGCAGUGCCAAGUGUGUGGGUUUUAUAACCACGAUACGUCACAGUGUCGGUUCUCUAAAUAUAAGUGUAAAAAGUGCAAUUCUACCGGUCAUUUACGUAGGAUGUGUAAAAAAAUUAACUAUGUAGCAUGGAGUGCCGGGGAGGAGGGCGGUAAUGACGACGGUGAGUUUUUUAAUAUUCGUUCAGUGAAAGGGGAACCCAUGACCGAAACGGUAUGGAUAUCAGGAAUUAAACUCAAAUUUGAAAUAGAUAGCGGGUCGGCGGUCACGGCGAUAUCCGAAGGUACAUUCAAAAAAUAUUUUAGCCAUGUACCAUUGUCAGCGACUAAAAAACGUUUGUUUUCUUACACCGGAGGUAGGAUAGAUUGCAUAGGAGAAGCAUUGUUAACCGUUAGUUAUGCGGGGCACACACAUACACUCAAUGUGUGCGUGAUACGAAACGGUGGACCUCCCAUUGUAGGACGCGAUUUUAUCGCGAUGUUUAAAUUAGAAUUACAGCCUAUACGGUAUUGUGCGCAAACAGUCGAUGAUAGUGUGUUGAUGCAAUUACAAUCACGUUACUCGGAUGUAUUUUCGGACAAACUUGGGCAAUUUAAAAAAUACAAAAUCACUUUGCAAUUGAAAGAAAAUGCAAAACCUGUUUUUAUAAGAGCUCGGCCCAUAGCUUUCGCUCUAAAGGACAAAGUAGAUAAGGAAAUUGAUCGGCUGUUGACGUUAGGGGUUUUGAAACCGGUUGAUCACGCGCGUUAUGCGUCACCAAUCGUACCCGUGUUAAAGCGUAAUGGGUCAAUUAGGAUUUGUGCCGAUUAUUCCACCGGUAUAAAUAAACAGUUAAUCAUCGAUCAGUACCCUUUACCUACAGUUACGGAAUUGUUUGCUAAGUUGCAUGGAGGACAACAAUUCACUAAAUUAGAUUUAUCGAACGCAUACAAUCAAUUCGUACUAGAUGAUAAAUCACAAGAGUUGACUUGCAUUAACACGCACCGCGGUUUGUUCAAAUAUACGCGCAUGGUGUUCGGGCUCGCGUCCGCUCCCGCCUUGUUCCAGCGCGCGAUGGAGACAGUCCUGGCGGGCACGCCCGGCACUCUGUGUUUACUCGACGAUGUCCUUAUCACGGGACGUGACCGUGCCGAGCAUUUGCAACGACUUAAUGUCGUUUUACAAAGGUUACAAGACGCUGGCCUAACCUUACAAAAAGAUAAAUGCGAUUUUUUUAAAGACGAAGUAAACUAUCUUGGCUACGUCAUAAAUAAAAAAGGCAUCAACAAGUCGCCGCAAAAAGUAAAAGCUAUGGUAGAUGCGCCUGUUCCAAACAAUGUUAAACAAUUACAAUCAUUUUUAGGAUUAGUAAAUUAUUAUCGCAAUUUCGUGCCUAACGCGUCCGCCAUUAUGUGUCCAUUGUAUGAACUAUUAAAAACAGGUACUAAAUGGUGCUGGACGCCUAAGCAUGACGAAGCUUUUAUUAAAAUUAAAGAUUGUUUAGCUUCAGAACAAGUUUUGGCUCAUUUUAAUCCGAACGAUACUCCUGUUUUAACGGUAGACGCAUCUCCAUCGGGCUUGGCUGCGAUUUUGGGCCAAAUAGGGCCCGACGGAUCCGAGCGCCCCAUUUCAUUUGCGUCAAGAACGCUCAACGCGGCUGAGAAGCGGUAUUCGCAGAUUCAAAAAGAAGCUACUGCAAUAAUUUUUGGCGUAAGGCGGUACCACCAAUAUUUGUAUGGCAGAGCGGUCCCGUUUAUUCUCCGUACCGACCAUAAACCGCUGUUAUCUAUUUUUGGCCCAUAUCGUGGCAUACCGGAGGUUACAGCGAAUAGGUUACAAAGGUAUGCCAUGUUUUUAAGCGGCUAUAAUUAUCGUAUCGAAUACGUUAAGAGUGCCGAUAACAGUGCAGAUUUUUUGUCUCGUGUCAGCCUGCCCGAGGCGCCGGAGACGCCAGAAGGGGAGGGAGACGUGCGUUGCGCGGACGCCGGGGCUGCAAUCCUCGACCGAGCGUCAUAUGUAAACUUUGUAGUGGAAGGGAGCCUGCCCGUAACAUUAGAGCAAUUACGCGAAGAAACUAGUAAAGACGUCACAUUGAACAAGGUUAUAACUUUUGUCUUUAACGGUUGGCCAAAGAAGACGCAGGACAUAAAUUUAAAACCAUACCAUGCGUGUAGAUUGCAACUUUCGGUUGAGAACGGGUGCCUGAUGAGGGGUCAUAAAGUUGUAAUCCCGCAAAAAUUACAAAAUGCGAUACUGACGGAAUUGCAUCAAUCCCAUUUAGGUAUUGUGAAAACGAAGGCGGAGGCCCGGUCGAGGUUGUGGUUUCCUGGAAUCGACGUGUCGCUUGAACGCAUGAUAGGCUCGUGUGACGUAUGCAUACAGAUGCGGCCGACUCCGGCGCGGGCGCCUAUUGCUCAUUGGGAUUAUCCACCACAGCCGUUUUAUAGGGUGCACAUCGAUUUCCUCGGUCCAAUCAAUGGUUGCACGUAUUUAAUCAUAGUUGAUGCGUAUUCAAAAUGGGUAGAGGUUUAUAACAUGAAAUGCGCCACCACAUCAACCGCUACCAUUGAAACGUUAUACGAUUUUAUGUCACGUUUCGGGAUCCCACAUACAUUAGUCAGUGACAAUGGUACAUCAUUUACUUCUCGCGAAUUCGAGUCAUUUUGUAAGUUGAAUGGUAUAUCGCACGUCACCUCACCAGCAUACCACCCGGCCAGUAACGGACAGGCAGAAAGCUUUGUCAAGGUCAUCAAAAAAGGUAUUAGGACAAGUAUCCUAAGUGGGCAUGGAGUACAUAAUACAAACAAUAAACUUUUAAAAUAUUUGUUUGAUUAUAGAAACUCUGUACAUACUACGACUGGGUUUUCUCCUGCCGAGUUGGUUUACGGUCGGAAACUGAGAACGCGUCUGGAUCUAAUCAAUCCCACGUCACCACCGCCCUCUUGCACGACUCUCGCUAAUGUUGUAAAAAACAAUCAGUGUUUGCAGAAUAAACAAUAUAAAAACACUCAAUGUUUCUCGGAAGGCACCAAAAUAUUAUACAAAAAAUAUACGUUUAAUGGUAAAUUCACGUGGUGCAAAGGUGUGAUUGUAAAAAAAAUUGGUAAAGUGGUAUACGCAGUCAAGGACAUUGAAACAUUGUUAGUAUUAAGGAAACACAAAAAUCAAAUUGUGCUGUACAAGGGUGGACAUUGCUUCGAUGUAAACAGUUGGGAUGUAGACAUGGGCGUACAAGGUCCUAAUUUACCGUCGGGAGGGCAGUCAACUGUCGGUGGUGAGCGGCAAGCGCAAAUUGCUGCGGGGGGGGAAACGCAGCAGACCACAGUGGAGUCAGAUAGUCCUGGACCUGCUAAAUCGCCGACAGUGCUCGAUCAAUAUGGCACGGGCCCAGAGAUGAGCGAGAGACAGAGCUCGCCAAUGCCUUUGGCGUCUGACCGGGCUGAAGAUGACGAGUUCCAGGAUGCUGUAUCCAGCCUUGCCUCCGAGCCGCCCUCUGUGGUGCCCGGUCCACCGACAGUUGAUAUGACCGCGUCUACAUCUGGUCGUCCGAAGCGCAAAAUACCGAGCGUAAACUAUAAAUUGUACUUUUAGUUUAAGUUAUAUAUACUAUAUUAGAUUAAAGGUUCGCUUACUUCAGCUAAGGGGAGGAAUGGUGGGUAUCCGUGCGUAAGCGCGCCCCUUAUAGAAACGUCACAGAAUAAAGACACGCCAGUGUGCUACCAACCAGCAAGUUGU